AUGAGCGUACCAGACAUUCUGCCAUUGGAGGUGAUAGACAAGACUAUCAGCCAGCCGGUGUGGAUUAUUCUGCAGUCCAACAGGGAAUUCACGGGGACUUUGGUCGGUUUUGACGAUUUUGUCAACGUGAUCAUUGAGGAUGCCGUCGAGUGGACAGUGACAGACGGUAAGAGCGAGAAGAUCAUGGAGCAUCACGGGAGAAUGCUGCUGAGUGGGAACAACAUUGUCAUGCUGGUCCCCGGCGGCAAGAAAGAUAUAUAA